UAAAGAAGAAUGGCUCCUGCAAAUGGCUCUUUCAUGACUCAGUUCAUUUUGGUAGGAUUAACAGACCAACCAGAUCUCCAACUCCCCCUGUUCUUUCUGUUCCUAGUUAUGUAUGUGGUCACUGUGAUGGGAAAUUUGGGAUUGAUAAUCCUAAUUGGGCUGAAUUCACAUUUACACACCCCUAUGUAUUUUUUCCUCUUUAACUUGUCCUUCAUAGAUUUCUUUUAUUCUUCUGUGUAUACGCCCAAAAUGCUGAUUAACUUCAUAUCAAAAAAGAAUAUUAUCUCCUACAUGGGGUGCAUGACCCAGCUUUACUUCUUCAGUUUUUUUGGUAUUUCUGAAUGCUAUGUGCUGACAUCAAUGGCCUAUGAUCGCUAUGUGGCUAUCUGUAAUCCACUUUUGUAUAACAUUGUCAUGUCUCCUAAAGUGUGUUCCAGCCUUAUGCUUGCUUCAUACUUGAUGGCAUUUUCUGGUGCCAUGGCUCACACUGGAUGCAUGCUGAGACUGACCUUCUGUGAUGCCAACAUCAUCAACCAUUAUUUCUGUGACAUCCUCCCUGUGCUCCAGCUCUCCUGCACAAGCACCUAUGUCAAUGAGCUGGAAGUUUUCAUUGUGGUGGGCAUCAAUGUCAUUGUACCCAGUCUCACCAUAUUUGUCUCUUAUGGUUUAAUCCUCUCCAAUAUCCUCCAAAUCAGCUCUAAAGAGGGCAGAUCAAAAGCCUUCAGCACCUGCAGUUCCCACAUAAUUGCUGUUUCUCUCUUCUUUGGAUCAAUUGCAUUUAUGUAUCUCAAACCAUCUUCUUCUGUGUCCAUGGAUGAGGAAAAAAUCUCUUCUGUAUUUUAUACCAAUGUGAUUCCCAUGAUGAACCCUGUAAUCUAUAGCUUGAGGAACAAAGACGUUAAACUUGCUCUGAGAAAAACCCUAAGUAGGAGAAGGUUUUGA